ACGAUAUUAAAAAAAGAAGAACAUUCUAAACAAAUAGUUUGAAUUUGUAACAGAAGAUUAGAUGUUUGUGCGUGUUUUGAUAAUAAAUAAAAAAUAAUAGAUAGUUCGAAAUUUUUUAUAAAAUAAGUUUCGUGAUCUGAGCAUGAGUGAUAAUUUAAACCGAUCAUUAGGUCUUCACUUAUCUACAGAUCCGGAGACUCAAGGUUUUGAUUUACAAGCGGGUGAAACAUGGAUUUACCCAACAAACUAUCCAGUGCGCGAAUAUCAAUUCAAUAUUACCCAAAAGGCAUUACUUAAGAAUACUCUUGUUAGUUUGCCUACAGGUUUAGGCAAAACUUUUAUAGCAGCUGUAGUAAUGUUUAACUUCUUUCGAUGGUAUCCUCUUGGUAAAGUGGUGUUCAUGGCCCCGACAAGACCUUUGGUAAAACAACAAAUAGAUGCUUGUUAUGAUAUAAUGGCUAUUCCGAGAGACAGUACAAUUGAAAUGACUGGAACUAAGUUAGCUAGCUCUAGAGAAGAAAUGUGGAAUAAGAAGAGAGUAUUUUUUGUGACUCCACAAAUAUUACAAAAUGAUUUGGAUAAAUUCGAAAGUCUGGGAACUAAAAUUAAAUGUUUGGUAUUUGAUGAAGCGCAUAGAGCUAGAGGAAAUCACGCUUAUUGUGAAGUUAUCCGAAAACUAUCAAAUUCUAAUAAAUUUUUUAGAGUUUUAGCAUUAAGUGCUACACCAGGAGGAACUAUUGGUGACGUUUUAGAGGUAGUUCAGAAUUUAUUGAUAUCCCAUUUAGAAUUUCGAACUGAAGAAAGUUUGGACGUGCGAUCUUAUGUUUUCCAAAGAAAUUUAACAACCGUUGUAGUACCCCUAGGAGGUAAACUGCAAGAAAUCAAAGAUUCUUAUAUGAAAGUUUUAGAGUAUUAUACGAGGGCACUUAUAAAAUAUAAGGUUAUUCAAGGAAAUUGUGCGAAUUUAACGAAAGGAAAAGUUUUUAUGCUUAUGAAACAAUAUCAAACAAAUAAUAAGGGGACUAGUCCAAAUUAUGGGGAAAUAAUGAAAUCGUUAAAUAUAUGUAUAACAUUGUAUCAUGCAGUAGAACUUUUAAUUCGACAUGGUUUACGAAGCUUCCUAAAUUUUUUUGAAGAGCAUAUAGAAAAACCGUUAUUUAGAGGUAAUACUGAGAUAAGAGCAAUAUUGAGCAAUAUAAGAGAAUAUAUUGGACCUCUUCCUCAAGUACUACAACUUCCUAGUGGUGAAUAUUCACAGAUACUUGAAAAUGUGAAAUUUGGUCAUCCGAAAUUUUAUAAACUUAGAGACAUUUUAUUAGAUCAUUUUAAAGAAAACGGUGACUCCAGUAGGGCCAUUGUCUUCUUCGAAUACAGAGAUUCAGUUACGGAGGCUUCCGUGUUACUUAUUCAAUCACAACCUUUGAUUAAACCGAGAAUUUUCGUUGGACAAAAGCAAGGAGUUACCCAGAAGUCACAAAUAAAUGUAGUGAAAGCGUUCAGAGAAGGUCGAUGUAAUGUGCUUUUAUCCACCAGUAUAGGCGAAGAAGGUUUAGAUGUUGGCGAAGUGGAUCUUAUAGUCUGUUUCGAUAUCUCCAAUAAAUCUCCCAUUCGUAUGGUGCAACGUAUGGGUAGAACCGGUAGGAAGAAAGACGGAAACGUAGUGGUGUUGGUAACUGAAGGCAAGGAACAACAAACUUUGAAAGAUUGUCUUAUCCAUAAGAAUAACGUAGCGUAUCACGUUUUGGGAUCCAAAGAAUUGGCAAACAGUAUGAUGCCGGAAUAUGCUAGAUUAAUACCGGAAGGAUUGGUACCGAAAUGCGAAAAAAUAUUUAUUACCGUGCAAAAAGAUGUUUCUAACAAAGGCGGUAAUCUAAAGAGUAUGUUGAAAACUCUAUCUAGUACAUUAUCGGAGUCUAUAUACUCACCGGAUUUGAAAAUAAUUGAUGUUGAAGAAAACAUACCGGAGCCACAAUUAUAUUGUACUAAAGAAGACCCGUUUGAAGAAAAUGUCCCGCUACCAAAUAUUUUCAGUAAAAGGAUCGAAAAACAACGUUCCUUUCAAGAAACAGAUAGAAUAGAACAUUCAAGUAAUUGUGAUAUUUUUGUUAAACUACUACAAUUUGCUGAAUCUCGUCGAUUCAACAUUCCAUUAACACAACAUAGUAAUAAAGUGGUGCAGAAUAAAAAUCUGAAACAAACAGACAUAAGACACAUGUUCUUCAAAUCUCAGAGUGCUAAUGAUUUUGUAUUACCUUCUACGGAAGGGUUACCACAACCGGUCGAAGUGAAAAAUAUGGAAGACAAAAAUAUCAACGAUAGAAAAUUAUUUGAGGAGAUAGAUACGUUUUUAACAAUAAAAAAGGACGAAGGAGACCAGUGUCACUUAUGUCCAAGCCAGUUUAAUUGUGGGAAGUUAAAAUAUGGACGAAAAAGUGUUAAAACUGUUUUAACUUGGAUAGAAUUGGAUGCAUCAGUUUAUAUUAAUAUAACCGAACAAGAUUUGAAGAAUUAUGGAAAGAAUUUUAAUGAUUCUAAAUGCCAGAGUUUUCAAUUUGAAGAAAGUAUGAAUUUUCAACUUCCCGAUACCCCUAGGAAUAAAAUUCCUAUUCAGAAAGAGAAGGAAACAUUACAACUGGAAGAUUUAUUAGAUAGUAGUAUUAUAAACGAUAUUUACAAUAAAACAACAAAUUUCGAAGCUCCCAAAUCGUUAAAAAACUUAUUGGACCGAUAUAGUACCUCUAUAAUAGAUUCAAUUGACUCUAACAAUGCGAUUUCUCAACAAAAAAGCGAUAAAAACGAAGACAAAGGAGAAUCUAACCAAGAAAUUUUAGAUUUCUUCAAAUUAAAAUCAUUGGACAACAUUUUUGAUACGAUCACUACGGAUUCCCAGGACACUAUAAUUUAUUCCCCCGAUUUAUUUGAUGAUGUUAACAAGGAAGAUUCUUGUUCGCCAAUUUUGUGUUCGUAUGUUGACAAAAAGAGACCAAAAAAAUAUCGAAAAAAUGAUUCAAUUGCUCCAACACAAAAUAAAGAAACUACCGAUAAAACAAUCCCUUUAGAGCUCGAUGAUUUGUUGGAUUUUACAUUUUUUGAACUACCAUCAAAUAAAAAAGUUGGGACAAAUGACAAAAUAGAUACAGUUGCAGACAAUGCAUUAAAAAAAUCAAAAAGUAUUGAAAAAUUAGAUAACCACAAAGUAGAAUUAGAUAUAUCGGAUUUUAUUGAUGAGGAAUUAUUAAAAAGUCCUGAACUUUCUAUUAAAACUAGUAUCCUUGAAAGGAAACAAGCAAAUAGGGUUAAAAAACUUGAAGGAAAAAAUAAUUUUAAUGUAUUCGAGGCUAAUAAAGAAAUUGAUACUACUUUGGAUGAAGAUAAAGGCGUUUUAGCUUCAGAAAUUGAAUUAUCAAAACAUACGAUUGAUGUAAAUGAAGAAAAACAAUCUUGUAGUGAUGAAAUAAGAGAUUCUAAUCAUGAAGAUCAUUUUGCAAGAUAUUUAGAAACCGGAGAAACUGUUGAACCGCAAAAAGAUGAAUUAAACAGUUGUUUCAUUGGAUAUUCAUUCAAUUUUCAAAAUUCUACAGAUUGUAAACAACCAGUGUUUGAAAAACUAACAGAAAUCACAAAUCGGGAUAAAUUUAAAGACUUUUCGCAGUUUAAAAAGCCAAAAUCGAUUAAUUCAAAGAACGAUUUCAAAGUACCAAAUAUUUCAAAAAAAGAAGAGAAAGAUCCUUCUCAAUUAACAGUUACCCAAAUUAUUUCUUUGGUAAAUAAAAAUACUGACUGGGAUGAAAAUUUAUCAGACUUCGACUUCAGUUUCGAAACAACAACAACAAAAAAUACAACAAGUUCCAGUGAAAAAUCUUGUAAUAAUUCCUCUACAGAGUCAAUUAAAUCGAAAAAUAAUGCAUCAAAAGCGAAUAAAUUUAGUAACGAAUGUAGGAAAAAAAUAAAUUUCGUUAAUACAUCUAAUAGUGACGAUGAAUUCGAGACGAAGCCCAAGAGCCCUUCAUGGAUACGUAGGAAACCUUUAAUCGCUAAAUUACAUACAGAAGAUUCUGAUGAUGAGUUCGAAACUACGGUUUCAAGUGCUGCAUUUGACAAAACUAAACCAGUUAAAGAGAAAGUGGUUAGAAAAAAUUUAUACGGUAGAAGAAAUAAAGCAUCAAGUAGCGGUAGGGAUAAAAAGUUAGUUAAUGAUUUUAUUCAAAACGAGGCUGAAUUAUCGAUCUGUGAUGAAAUCAUCAUUUCUGAUGACGAAGAUGAAUUAUUAACACAAGACUGUUACGAUGCUAGCUUCGUUGCAGAUAAUACGAUUCGAGAUGACACACAGAUGCAUGCUGUAUAUCUCAAAUCCAUUAAAGACAUACAUCCGAUAAAUAGAUUUAAGAUACCUACGAAAUAUAAAAACAGAUCUAAUGUCUUUUCGCAACAAGUCGAAGAAGAAGAGGAAUUUUAUUUAGAUGAUUCGUUUGUAGUCCAUGACGAAUCUGUUGAAACUAAUGUAGAAUUAUCACAGUUGGAAAUUCUAGAAAAACAACUAGAAAAUCGAAAGAAACGGAAAAAAAUACUAGAAGAUAAUAAAAAACCAACAAAACGCAAAAGGAUUAUUGUAGAUAGUGAUAGUGAUUAAAAAAAAUUCAAUCAAAAAUAAAUUUACUGUUUUAUUUUAUUAUUAUGUAUAUUAAAAAUUAUUUUGUUGAAAA